AUGUCGAGACAUCGUAAUGUAAAGAAUUUAGAGUUGGAAGAAUAUGAUACAGGUGAGCCUGUGGAAGAAGAAUUGACGGAUGAACAAGAAGAACAAUUUCGAGAAGCCAUUGCUGCUGUCCAAGAUACGCUCGACGGGCUUCCCGUUUCAGACAAAGAAAUAGCGGAUACCCUAUGGUACUAUUAUUUUGAUGUGGAGAAAUCCGUCAAUUAUCUAAUAAAAAGCUGUACUGCAAAGGCUGAAGAGCAAACUGGAAAAGAAAAAUCUCAAAAGAAGAAGCACAGUAAACAAGAAGAAAAGCCGGCUGAAAACCAUCAUCCCACUAAAAAUCCCCCUGCUCCUCUGAAUGCUUCGAUGAAGAAGCUAAAUUUGAACGAAAAAGAACAGACCGGAGAGAAAUCAAAAGAUGCAGAGGAGAUACAAACGCAACGGAAACAGGAUUCUUCAGCGUUAAUAGAUGUUCCCAAGAUUUACGAAGAGUCCCACCCUAAACCUGUUGUCCACUUAGUGGUUACCGGACAUGUUGAUUCGGGUAAAAGUACCAUGCUUGGAAGGAUUAUGUUUGAAUUAGGUGACGUAAAUAGUCGAUCCAUGCAAAAGCUUCACAAGGAGGCCUCUGAUCAAGGCAAGGGAAGUUUUUCUUAUGCUUGGUUACUUGACUCUACGGAUGAAGAGCGUCUCAGAGGUGUCACCAUGGACGUUGCGGCUACCUCCUUCGAAAGCAAAAAGCAAAUUUACGAGGUUGGUGAUGCUCCUGGUCAUAAAGAUUUUAUUUCGGGUAUGAUUGCUGGAGCUGCUUCUGCGGAAUUUGCAAUCUUGGUCGUUGAUUCUUCACAAAACAACUACGAGCGUGGCUUUCUAGCGAAUGGCCAAACUCGAGAGCAUGCUUAUUUACUACGUGCUCUUGGGGUUUCUGAACUCGCAGUUGCCGUGAAUAAGCUUGACCUCAUGUCUUGGUCAUUGGAUCGCUAUAAUGAAAUAAAAGCUUCCAUAUCUGACUUCCUAAUCCGGAUGGUUGGAUUCAAAGAGGAAAACGUUCAUUUUAUUCCUGUUUCUGCUGUCUCUGGUGUAAACCUCAUAGAAAAACAGUCCUCUCCACUUUAUAAUUGGUAUAAUGGUCCAACAUUAAUAGAAGUUUUAGACAAUUUCGCCCCUCCAUCAAAAUCGUACAGAGGACCUCUCCGAGUCUCUGUUCAUGAUACUUAUCGAUCUGUGCGAGGCGCCACUGUUUCAGGAAGAGUAGAGUCUGGUAAUAUUCAAAAUGGCCAGGUUUUGUAUAAUGUUUCUUCACAGGAGGAUGCUUAUGUCAAAACUGUCAUGCGCAAUUCUGAUCCUUUUGUAUCAUGGGCUGUCGCUGGAGACAGCGUUACCGUACAGUUGACGGAUAUUGAGCCAAACCAAAUCAGUCUCGGGGAUAUCUUGUCCACUUAUAAUGACCCUGUUAAGCGCAGUAGAUCCUUUACGGCCGAUAUCCAAACUUUCGAUAUACUUGGCCCAAUUUUGUCAGGAUCAACAUUAGUGCUCCAUCGUGGUCGAACCGUUGCUCCGGUCGCUGUGAAAAUAAUAAAUGUAAAUGGUAAGAAGGCAAGACACAUUACUAGUCGAAAGCGUGCCUCUAUACAAGUUAACUUUUUGGAUGGUUUAUAUCCAAUAUGUACUUCCGAAGAAAGCCCUUCGUUGAGUAGAAUCAUUCUUCGACGAGAUGGAAAUACAAUCGCUGCCGGAAUUGUGAAAACUAUUUUAUAA